GGAACAGUCAUGUUUACAUACCGAAUCGGACCCGGUUCCAUUUUACCCUGAAUUGACUGACACACGAACAAAACGCAACAUCGGUAACCGCCUAUAGACUCACCGAAACCCCCAAAUCGCACCACCAUUUCACCACCGAUUUCGUUAACAUAUCACCAUGAGCACGGCAGCUCGGAGAUCCGGAGGCCUGUUUGAAGGACUAUACAAAGUCCUCAUGCGCCGUAACUCCGUCUACGUCACUUUCGUCAUCGCCGGUGCUUUCCUCGGUGAACGGGCAGUUGACUAUGGAGUUCAUAAACUAUGGGAGAAUAACAAUAUUGGGAAACGGUACGAGGAUAUAUCUGUUUUGGGACAGAGGCCAACCGAAUGACUGUUGAUCAUAGUAUGCGAUACCUCACACCCCGUCGGGACCAUUUAAGGAUAAAAUUUAUAUGAAUUUUGGUAAUAAGUGUUCACUUUUUUUUUUUGGGUCAAACUGGUUGUAAUCCCAGAACUAGAUCCUUCAACUUUGCAGAUGAUUAAUUCCCAUGAUUGUUUGAAUUUUUUUUGAAAUUUCUCAAAUAGUUGCCGACUUUUGUUUGA